AUGUCUAGUGAAAUACUUGACUACAAUGUAAAUGAUAUAGCUACUUUUCUACCGUUAAUGUUACAAGCUCAGGACCUUGUAACUAAAUUGGAGAGUAGGAGCCCAGAAGGUACUAGGAUACGUCUGACAGCCGAUGGAUAUGUCUAUCAGAAAGAGGCAAAUUCAGUUAAAAUCGACAUCUUCUGGAGGAAUUGUCCAUUUUUUUUAGAAACAUUGAAUACGGUGGUGAACCUCAAUACUAACAAGAUGAUUGGUCGAGUUUCAGAAUUAUAUGAGGACGUCAACAAUACAAUUUUCAGUAUCACGCAAGAUAAAUUACGUUUUGAACGUAAGCGAGUCCGUUCUCAUGAAGAAGAGUCAGGGGAUACUUUACCGGAUGGAACUAAGAUUAAGAAAUUGGCUCCUCUUGACCUGUUUCCAGAUGAUGAAGAUUCCUCCGAAGAGCAAGGUAGUGAGGAUAACGAACAAGAUGACGACGAAGAUGUCCCAGCUCCUGAAGAAACCCUCGAUUCUAUACUUAGUAGUCAAAAAAAAAAGGAUUCUACCCUCUGGUAA